AUGGUUGAGCGAUGGCAUCGCACCCUAAAAGCCGCUAUAAUGUGCCACCCCAACAAGGAAUGGUCACACUCUCUUUCAACAGUCCUACUUGGACUCCGCUCUAACGUGCUGGAGGUCGGCGCGUCUCCUGCCGAAUUUGUAUACGGUACCGUUUUGCGUAUUCCAGGAGAAUUCGUUCUUCCCGAAGAUUUUAAUCCGAACCCUCAAAUUUUCCUUGAGGAAUUCCGCGAACAUAUGCGUUCGGUCAAGCCUAUCCCGGUAGAGCACAAACACAAACGAAAAAUUUUAGUGUAUAAAAGUCUAGAUUCAUGUACACAUGUAUUUCUUCGAGAUUUCGCUCGGAAGUCUCUUGAGCGACUCUACACAGGUCCGCACAAGGUUAUUAAAAAAACAUCUGACAGAGUUUACGAAAUCGACGUCAAUGGUACGUCACGGCAGAUCUCAAUCGAGAACAUCAAACCGGCGUACUUCAUUCGCGACGACGUCGAACGUUUGGCUAACUUUAAUAAUGAUUUAGACCAGGCGAGCAAUGUUGCUCCGCCUCUUAGGACGUAUCCGCCCAAAAAUAGAGUAACCUUCAUUGUGUAA